GACGCCAGACUUGAGCUUUUCCAUCGGCGGAGUAAAGAUGGCUGACCAAGGCGCCGCAGAUCCUGGUAACAACAACAAUAAUAAAGCUGAAGCCUCAGAAGGAACUAUUAUUAAGGUCACAGUGAAAACCCCUAAAGACAAGGAAGAAAUCGCCAUCGCUGAAGAUGCCUCUGUCACUCAGUUUAAAGAAGAGAUCUCGAAACGGUUCAAAGCCAAACAGGACCAGUUGGUUCUGAUUUUUGCAGGGAAGAUCUUGAAGGAUGGUGACAGCCUUAGCCAACAUGGCAUCAAAGAUGGCCUGACAGUUCACCUAGUCAUAAAGACAGCACACAAGGCAGCAGAUGGUGGUAGCACCUCAGCCUCUAGCUCAUCCUCCACUCAGGCAGGCAGUACCUCCACCUCUAGUCCAGGCACGAACCCAGCCUCUACAACAGGCUCAACUGGUUCUGCCCCACCACCCACACAGACACCCAAUAUACUUAGUGAGUCCACCUCUGGCUUUGGUGACCUGGCCAGUCUGGCUGGACUGGGCAUGGGCUCUGCCAACUUCAUGGAACUUCAGCAACAGAUGCAGAGGCAGCUCAUGUCAAACCCAGAGAUGCUUUCUCAGAUUAUGGAGAACCCGCUGGUGCAGAACAUGAUGUCCAACCCUGACCUGAUGAGACAGAUGAUCAUGGCUAAUCCUCAGAUGCAGCAGCUGAUGGAGCGCAACCCUGAGAUCUCUCACAUGCUUAAUAACCCUGAGCUCAUGCGGCAGACCAUGGAGCUGGCCAGGAACCCAGCUAUGAUGCAGGAAAUGAUGCGAAACCAGGACCGGGCUCUCAGCAACUUGGAGAGCAUCCCAGGAGGUUACAAUGCCUUGCGGAGGAUGUACACAGACAUCCAGGAACCCAUGUUCAGCGCUGCCAGAGAACAGUUUGGUAGCAACCCGUUUUCAGCUCUAGGUGGGAACUCUGAGUCUGGUGCUCAGCCAUCACGGACAGAGAAUAGAGAGCCCCUGCCCAAUCCAUGGGGGACACCAAAUUCUUCUAACCCCUCUGAGAGUGGAGGGGGGACCACAGGAAGUACCACCACCACAGGGGGAACCAACCCCAGUGUGUCUAACCCUCUUGGCAUCAAUCCUGGUAGUUUGGGAAAUGGCAUGUUCAACAGUCCAGGCAUGCAGAGUCUACUGCAACAGAUCUCGGAAAACCCUCAGCUGAUGCAAAACAUGCUGUCUGCUCCUUACAUGCGCAGCAUGAUGCAGUCACUGGCUCAAAACCCAGAGUUAGCCUCCCAGGUUUUGAUGAAUAAUCCAUUGUUUGCUGGAAACCCACAGCUGCAGGAACAGUUCAGAGCUCAGCUGCCCGUCUUUCUGCAGCAGAUGCAGAACCCGGAGGCCCUGUCAGUGAUGACCAAUCCCCGGGCCAUGCAAGCCCUAAUGCAGAUCCAACAGGGUCUACAGACGCUGCAGACAGAAGCCCCAGGCCUCAUGCCCAGUCUGAUGCCAGGUGGGAUUCCUGGCAUACCCACAGGAGGGGGCAUGCCCACAGAGAACCCGGCGUCCUCGCCCAGCAGUGCUGGAACAAACACCGCCCAGCAGCAGCUGAUGCAGCAGAUGCUCCAGAUGUUUGCUGGUGGAGGUGGUGGAGGAAGUGCAACGACCCAGACUCCAGAGGUUCGGUUCCAGUCCCAGCUAGACCAGCUGAACGCUAUGGGCUUCAUCAACCGCGAGGCCAACCUGCAGGCCCUCAUUGCUACCGGAGGAGACAUCAAUGCCGCUAUUGAGAGACUGCUGGGCUCACAGCCCUCGUAAAGACAUACAGUACAUACUGACACACAGACAUGCUCAUAAGUACAUACUUAACUCAUAAACACACUCAAUCUACAGAGAACCAUGAGAAAUUUUAGUGUAUUGUCCCAAUCAAGAAGAAACUUGGGCAGGAACUGCAAGACCCUUACGACACAUCUGUUCUCACAUCAUUCCCUUUGCCCUCUAAUUUCAUUUUGGCAUCAUCCUCCCAGAUCUAGAGAUCCCAGUUCUGCUGUUAAAUUGGACUGAACCGCUUUCACCUGGAUGGAUCCUCUGGUGUAGAGUGAAGGAGCAAAAUCCUGUCUCGGAAAGGGAUUACCAAGCAUUUUUUUCAUUCAUUGUUUCCUUCACAGAAAUCUGGAGUAGAGUGUUGUAGGAAAACAUUUACAUGAUAGAGAUAAUACCCGUGUGAUGUGAUUGGCAGAUAGCUUUGUUUCAUAUAUGGCUACUGUUGGGCGGCGCAGUAGUUUUUUGUUAUACAGGCAGUAAUCCUGACGACGAGUGGGAGGAUAUCUUGUCCACACAGAUGGUUAACCUCGUUUUUCCCUUUCUCCCCCCAUUCUUAAGAUUCUACACACACAGCCUCCAUUAUUUAUUGCAAGCGCCUAAUAUCAUGACACCCUGCACACUUCCCUGAAGUUGUAAUUUGUCAUUCCAGAUCAAAGUGCCCACCCACGAGUGCACAGUGUCUUUUUCCUUCUGAGGCACCAAUGCUGUUCCUGCUGUCCUGCACUGCCUUGUGAGAGCAUUGUCAGCAAGCUACAGCCUCGCUCAGUGGGUUAAUUAGACACCAUCCCUCCCAGUGCAUUUCUCACAGCAUCAUUCAGGACUAUUCAGAGCCAUUAUCGAGUAUCACUUUGCAGCAUCCCUGAAACAGAGAUUGCUGUUAGUAUGAAUAUGAAUAAUACAAAAACAAGCUUCCCUUUCAUUUUAAAUUGAUUAUUCAUUCUCUUUUUUUUUUUCUUUUUUUCUUUUCUUUUCUUUCCUUUUUUUUUUUUUUUUUUGAGGUGCAUUUAGUACCUAGAAAUCAUAAAUAAUUUGUUUCACAUAAAUGUGGAAAUCAAUCAGUUGAAAAAAAGGAAAGGCUUUAAAAAUAAUUCUGGUAUGGUGGUAUCAUACAUUUUCUCAAAUCUUAAGUCUAGAUUGUUUUAUUAUUAUUAUUAUUAUUAUUUUCCUUUUGAAAAUCUCAGCAUUGUAGUUGUGGUAACCUUGGCAACUGCUCAAUAGCUUUGCUUUGUCUGUUGACCUCAGCUGAAAAACGACAACAAAAAAAAUCCAUUUCCCAGUUGAAAAUGUUGAAACUAACUUUUAACAGUACUGUACUAAGAAAAAAAGUAAUAAAUAAUUGUCAAAAACA